AUGGCAAUGAAAAUAAAACUGAAAAAAAAAAAAAAAAAAUUUUGUGCGAAAACCGAGAGCAAAAAGAAGAAUCCAAACAUUGCGUUUUUUGCGAAGAUCAUCUUCGAUAUCAUCUCGCUCCAUUACACACACUAUCAGAGUUCAAGAAUUAUUAUGCCGUUGACUUGUCCACUAUGCCAAACUGAAUUAAGGUUGCAUUUACUUCAACCUGAAUUAUCUAUUAUAUCAUGCCCUUCACUAACGUGUAUUUAUCCAUUUAAUCUAUCUGUUGAUGAGAUUCAUAGCAAGAGCCUACUAGUUCCAAUGACGAAUGAUGACAUUAUGAAUAAGAUGAAACAAAAAUUCAAAAAUACAACAAACAUCACAGAAGAUACGAGUCGAUUCAUAGCAGGUGAGGAAAGCUAA